AUGGCGAACAAAAAGCGGUCUCACGAGAGGCUUCCGUUCGGCGCUCCGCCGAGGCAGCCGGACGAGCCGUUUAACCCGUUCGUGAACCACAGCGCGCCGAUCGAUACGCCUUACGAGAUCGUUAAGCUGACGCUGAUGUUCCCCGUGUUCCUCGUGCGCGCGGUGCUCAUGUUCGUCUGCUUUGCCCUUCCCCCCGUGGAGGAGGAAUGUCCUGUGGCCCGCUUUCUCCCCUCUUCCCGUCCCCAUCUCCCCGCUCUCUCCCCCUCUUCCCGUCCCCAUCUCCCCUCUCUCUCCCCCUCUUCCCAUCCCCAUCUCCCCUCUCUCUCCCCCUCUUCCCGUCCCCAUCUCCCCGCUCUCUCCCCCUCUUCCCGUCCCCAUCUCCCCGCUCUCUCCCCCUCUUCCCGUCCUCAUCUCCCCUCUCUCUCCUCCUCCCCAUUUCCCUGUCGCCUCUGCAGGCCCUUUCCCAAGUGGAGGAGGCAUAUCCUGUGGCCCGCUAAGCUUCUGACACGUGGCGUUCUCUUCGCCUGCGGUUACAACUGGAUCGAGGUCAAAGGCAAGGUCGCGUCCAGGGCAGAGGCGCCCAUCCUCGUGUGCAACCACGUCACCUUUGUUGACCCCGUGUUCCUGUUUAUGGCUCACCUGCCCAUGAUCAUCACGGCUAAAGAGAACAUGAAUAUCUUCAUAGCGGGGACAAUAAUGAAGGCCCUUCAGGCCAUUGCAGUCGACCGGGCCUCCCCCACAUCACGCAAGGACGCAUCAUACGAGAUCAAGAAGCGCGCCAUGUGCAACGACUGGGCGCGCGUGCUGCUCUUCCCCGAAGCCACCACCACCAACGGCCGCUCCCUCGUGUCAUUCAAGACGGGCGCCUUUGCGCCGGGCCUGCCGGUGCAGCCAGUGAUGGUGACGUACCCCUACACGUCGUUUGACCCCUCCUGGGUGGCCGAAGGGCUCCCCGAUAUGACCCUGCUGUGGCGCAUCAUGUCCCAGCCCCACAACCGCAUGAGGGUGGAGUAUCUGCCGGUGAUCGUGCCCACAGAAGAGGAGAAGCGGGAUGCAAAGAAGUUUGCCGAGAGGGUGCGUCUGGCCAUGGCGCGGCGGCUCAACCUGGCCCUCACAGACCACUCCUUCGGCAACGUGCUGCUGGCGCUCGAGGCAAAGAAGCUCAAGCUGCCCGUGGGGACGGCGAACGUGGAGUUUGGGCGGCUGGAGCAGCUGUUCCGGGUGGAUGUGAGGGAGGCGAAGCAGUAUCUGAGACGAUUCCAUGCCAUGGACGUGGGGCAUUGUGGCACUGUGAGCUACCCCGGGUUCAUCUCAGCGCUGGGCCUGCCCGACUCAGAGGCCUCUCAAAUGCUCUUUGACUUUCUGGAUACCAACGAGCGCGGCACCGUCAACUUCAGAGAGUUCCUGGCGGGGCUGAUCUUUGUGUCCCGCCACCCUCAAUUCCAUGACUCGGUGGAGAAGGCGUUCAAGCGGCUGGAUCUGGAUGGGGAUGGGCGGCUGACAGCGCACGAGGCAAAGGAGGGCAUGCGGGAGCUCUUCCCUGCGAUCACAGACGAGCAGCUGGCCAAGCUGUGUGAGCUGCUGGGGCUCAACAGCAAGACGUCUCUCUCCUGGGACGAGUUUGAGCAUUUUCUCAAGACCAACCCCGAGUAUCUGGUGGCGAUUCUGGCCGCCGAUUUGUCAGAUCAGGUCAAGAUGGUGAUGGAUAAGGACGCCAAGAUCUAUGUGGCUGGCCACACCGGUCUGGUGGGAUCAGCCAUCUGCAGGAAGCUCAAGAAGGAGGGAUACAACAAUGUCAUCGGAAAAUCCAUUGAGGAGCUUGAUCUGACACGGCAAGCGCUCGUCGAGGAGUACAUGAACACGGAGAAGCCUGAUUAUGUCAUCGUCGCUGCUGCGAAAGUCGGCGGAAUUCACGCUAACAGCGUCUAUCCCGCGGAUUUCAUCGGAAUCAAUCUUCAAAUCCAGACCAAUCUCAUUGACGCUGCUUACAGGGCCGGGGUGAAGAAGCUUGUCUUCCUCGGAUCGUCUUGCAUCUACCCGAAGCUUGCUCCCCAGCCUAUCACUGAGGAUGCUCUGCUUACCGGACCCCUGGAGCCCACAAACGAGUGGUACGCGGUCGCGAAGAUCGCCGGUAUCAAGAUGUGCCAAGCCUACAGGAUCCAGUACAACUUCGAUGCCAUCUCAGCGAUGCCGACCAACAUGUACGGCCCGUACGACAACUUCCACCCGACCAACUCCCACGUGCUGCCUGCUCUGAUCCGACGGUUCCACGAGGCCAAGAAGACCGGAGCCAAGGAGGUGGUCUGCUGGGGUACCGGCACUGCUCUGCGUGAAUUUAUGCACACGGAUGAUCUUGCAGAUGCGCUCCUCUUCCUGCUCAACAACUACAGCGACAUCCCCCACCUGAACGUGGGAACCGGCAUCGAGCUCACAAUCAAGCAGCUCGCAGAGACGGUCAAGGAGGUGGUGGGAUACGAGGGCGAGAUCACGUGGGACACGACAAAGCCUGACGGCACGCCGAGGAAGCUCAUGGACAGCUCGAACCUGCACAAGCUGGGGUGGAAGCCCAAGGUGGGGCUGAAGGAGGGCCUCACGGAGGUGUACAAGUGGUACCAGGAGAACUACAAUGUCUGA